AUGUUGGAGCCUGGGGUCAAGGAUACGAGCCGGCCUUCCGCGCACGACGACCGCCUACUUCGCCUCGCCCGACCCCGGGUGGCAGCGUUCCCUACUUCCGGUAUGGCCGGCGGAAGAGGACGUCUAGGAACCUGCGGUGUCUAUGGCCCGCUCGCUUCUUUUCCAGGCGGCGGCCGAAAAGGAACUGAGGAGGGCGGGGGCGCACCUCCGAGUCGUCCGCCUGCGCGCGUGCGGCUGGACCUCCGGGGAGCGCGUGCUGUUUGCAAGGCCGGCUCGUGCAGCGGUCGCCAAGAGGGUCUCCCCAAUGGUGGCUUCCUUUCCCGGCACACGAUGGAGCAGCCGGCGGUGUUGGUGUUGAAACGGGCGGUGGAGCUUGACUCGGCGUCUCGGUUCCAGGAGUCGCUUGUUUGCUACCAGGAAGGGAUUGAUCUCCUCCUGCGGGUGCUUAAAGCUACAAAGGAUGAGACCAAAAAGGCUCAUUACCGAGAAAAAAUAUCAAGUUACAUGAACAGAGCUGAAGAUAUCAAGAAGUAUCUUGAGAAAGAAAAAGAAGAUGGAAAAUACCACAAACAAAUUAAGAUUAAAGAAAAUACAACAGGUUUCAGCUACGAAAAGCUGUUCCAAGAGUAUCUUAAUGAAACUGUUACAGAGGUUUGGGUUGAGGACCCUUAUAUUAGGCAAGUUCAUCAGUUGUACAACUUCUUAAGAUUCUGUGAAAUGCUUGUUAAAGGACCAUGUAAAGUGAAGACUAUUCACCUCCUUACCUCUUAUGAUGAAGGCAAUGGAAAGAGUCAGCAGAUGAGUGUUCUACAAGAGAUAGAGCAGUCUCUGAAAGAUUAUGGCAUAACACUGGACGUGUCAUACUCUUCUUCAAUACAUGACCGAGAGAUUAGAUUCAACAAUGGAUGGAUGAUUAAGAUUGGAAGGGGCCUUGAUUAUUUUAAGAAACCACAGGGUCGUUUUUGCCUUGGGUACUGUGACCUUGAUUUGAGACCAUGUCAUGAAACUACUGUGGAUAUCUUUCAUAAGAAACAUACAAAAACAUGAUUUUAUAUU